GCUUUGGGUGGGCAGGGUGUGCACAGGACAUCUGCAGCUGUCACUCCCCACUGUGGUUAGAUAAGCAGACCAAUAUCCAAUUUCAAGGGACUUUGCGACCCACGGAAAGUCUCCUUCUCGCUCCUCAAAGCCUUCGGGUCCUCCCUUUUCCCUUUAUUCCUUCUCUCCGUGGUGUUUUCCAAAUAUCACUCUUUAAUAGGUCUCUCCGACCCGGAUCUUGUAUCCGCAACACCACAUCGGUGCCAUUGCGACGCAUAUCACGCGAUCGCCCGUCAAGAUCGGUACUCGUUCGUUCAGGUACCUGUACCCGUACCUUGACUAGCUGAACGCAAAUCCAGCACACCAUCACCAGCAGCACAUCGUUCGUGAAGAUGGCCAGCAUAAUUUCCACCACCAAUGCCAGCUCUGCGGUGCCGUUGGCAGGUGCAAAGGUGGUCCAGAUUGUCGGACACCCUCAAAUUGACAACUUCUUGACCUCCCUCACCCAAGUCAGCGGAUGGACGAUUGCUUUUACGAUUUUGGCGCUAUUGGUCGCAUACGAUCAAUGUAAGAAGAGGUGCUUCCUUUGCUGAUCACGACAUUGACUGACAACUGCGCAGUUAGUUAUCUUAGGCAGAAAGGCUCCAUUGUCGGUCCAGCAUUCAAGAUUCCCUUCAUUGGCCCCUUUCUGGAAUCCGUCAACCCAAAAUUUGAGGAAUACCAAGGAAAAUGGGCAAGCGGAGAAUUGAGCUGUGUGUCGGUCUUCCACAAGUAAGCGAUCCACAUAACAUACAUUCUUGGUAUACAUUCAGGCCACUAACAAACCUGCUUCAGAUUCGUUGUGAUUGCCUCGACCCGUGACAUGUCCCGAAAGGUCUUCAACUCUCCCAUGUACGUUAAGCCAUGUGUUGUGGAUGUCGCUCAUAAACUCCUCGGACCGACCAACUGGGUGUUUUUGGAUGGAAAGGCACACGUGGAUUUCCGUAAGGGUCUCAAUGGUUUGUUUACUCGAAAAGCCCUCGAAUCAUAUCUACCAGGACAGGAGGAAGUUUACAACACCUACUUUGAGCGAUUCUUACGCAUUUCCAAGGAAGCCAAUGGCCCUGUUCCUUUCAUGUCCGAAUUCCGUGAGGUGAUGUGCGCGGUUUCCUGCCGAACUUUUGUUGGUCAUUAUAUCUCCGAUGAAGCCAUCAAGAAGAUUGCCGACGACUAUUAUAACAUUACCGCUGCUCUCGAACUGGUCAACUUCCCAAUCAUCAUUCCAUACACCAAGACAUGGUACGGAAAGAAAGCGUCAGAGAUGGUUCUCGAAGAAUUCGCCAAGUGCGCUGCAAAGAGCAAGGUCCGUAUGGCAGCCGGAGGCGAGAUUUCUUGCAUUAUGGAUGGUUGGGUGAAGUCUAUCCUCGAUUCUGCCAACUACAGAGAACGUCAAGAGAAGGGCCUGUCCUUGGAAGGAAUUGAAAAGCCACAGCCUAUGCUUCGCUCUUUCACCGAUUACGAAAUCUCCCAGACCAUCUUUACCUUUUUGUUCGCCUCUCAAGAUGCUACCAGCAGUGCUUGCACCUGGUUGUUCCAAAUCAUGGCUCAACGACCAGACGUGCUUGACAAAGUCCGUGAAGAAAAUCUACGUGUUCGAGGCGGUGACAAGAACAAGGCAAUUACCAUGGAAAUGAUCGAUGAGAUGGUUUAUACCCGUGGUGCAGUCAAGGAAUUGCUCAGAUAUCGUCCUCCAGUCCUCAUGGUUCCAUAUCUCGUCAAGAAACCUUUCCCAAUUACUCCAACAUACACCGUUCCCAAGGGCGCCAUGGUUAUUCCAACAACCUACCCAUCUCUUCGCGAUCCCGAGGUCUAUGAGAACCCGGACGUUUAUGAUCCUGAUAGAUAUGUUACCGGUGAUGCUGAGGUCAAGGGGGCUAAGAACUUUUUGGUUUUCGGUACUGGACCACAUUACUGCCUCGGUCAAAUUUAUGCUCAAAACAACUUGGCUCUUAUGGUUGGAAAGGCUGCAAUGGAACUUGAUUGGGUUCACCACCCAACACCAGUGUCGGAAGAGAUCAAGGUUUUUGCUACUAUUUUCCCCAAGGUAAUUCAAUUCAAAAUACAAUUCAAUACACAGACAAGACUAACCUGGUAUAGGACGACUGCCCAUUGGUUUUCACCAAGCGACCAUAGAUAUAUAGACUUCCAAUGUUCGAGGUCGAGAAAGAAGACUUUGGUUGGAAAAAGACAACCACCAAUGACGGAACGGUUGCUAAACAAUAGACGAAUGACUUUCCUGUUUCUGCCCGACUUUCAUAUGCAUAUUUCACCUAGGGAAGGUCGUGAUAUGUGGUGGUAUCGGCGUUUCAAGGAGAAAGGGGAGGGGUAUCCAACACCUCUUGUUGAAAAGGAGUGUGGAUGGAUGAAUGGAUUAACGGGAAAAGGAAUCAAUCAUCCGACUAAUAUCAUACCUCUUUGUAAUCAAUAUGAGAAAGUCUAGUUAGAAGACUUCUUGAAGACUUUGAUAAGCUUGAGAUACCAUCCGAAGUGCUAUUUUGGUGAUCCUCUGAGUGUUGUUCUGGUGCUUCUGAUAGAGUGUAGAGUUUGGGCGCUACGGUGGGGAGUUCUUCCUCCGUGCUGACCGAUUGGAGCGUGUAAGUGGUGGUGUAGGAGGUGUAGGUUGAAGGGCGUCAAGUACAAGUACUGUAAGAGAGGC